ACAGUGUCUGAUCAGGCAGGCGACAGUGGCAGGCAGAGGAUCAGUGGGACUAAGUGAGAAGUGUAGUGAUGGCACUGCAGCCAGCACGUGAAGGCAAGGAGGCAAAAAAGGACCCACAGUCUGGUGCAGGCUCCUCCAUGCAGCUCUUCACCUGGGAGGACAUUGGACUCUGCACAGGACAGGGGCACCCGCAGCAGGAGCAGUGGCUGGUGAUUGACAGGAAGAUCUAUGACAUCGGACAGUUCUACCAGCGGCACCCGGGGGGUGCCCAGAUCAUCAGUCACUAUGCAGGACAGGAUGCCACGGAUGCCUUUACAGCAUUCCAUGCCAACAAGGCACUGGUGAGAAAGUACAUGAGCUCAUUGCUGAUUGGGGAGCUGGCACAAGAUCAAAUCAGCAUGGAGCCGAGCAAAAAUAAACUGCUGGUAGAGGAUUUCCGUGAGCUACGCGCCACCAUCGAGAGGAUGGGACUUCUGAACCUCAACGGCCUCUUCUUCUUCCUGAUUUUCCUGCAAAUUCUGCUGCUAGAGGCUGCCAGCUGGAUCACUCUCUGGUACUUUGGGACCUCCCUUCUACCUUUCCUCAUCUCUGUGGUGCUGCUGACAACCUCCCUGACCCAAGCUGGGUAUCUGCAACAUGAUUUGGGACACCUCUCAGUAUUCAGCAAGCGCAAAUGGAACCAAGUGGUUCAUAUGUUUGUGAUAGGCCAACUGAUGGGCAUGUCUGCUAGUUGGUGGAAACUCACGCACGUCCAGCACCAUGCUAAACCCAACUGCAUCUGCAAGGAUCCUGAUCUCAGUAUGCACCCUAUCUUGUUUACUUUAGGGAAGGUGCUCUCCGUGGAGCUCGGGAUGAAGAAGAAGAAGUUCAUGCCUUACAACCACCAGCACAAGUACUUCUUUGUCACAAUUCUCCCAUUCCUGUUUCCUGUCUACUUUCAAUAUUUUGCAUUCCACAAGACAAUCCAGAGAAAAGACUGGGUGGACCUGGCCUGGAUUCUGAGCUUCUACAUCCGAUUCUUUCUCACUUAUGAACCCUUACUGGGGGUGAAGAGUCUCCUGGGGUUCUAUCUGCUGCUCAGGGUCCUGGAGAGUAUCUGGUUUGUCUGGGUGUUAUUCAUGAGCCACAUCCCUAUGAACAUUGAUUAUGAUAAGAACCUGGACUGGUUCUCUACCCAGCUCCAGGCAACAUGCAACGUGGAUCAGUCCCUGUUCAAUGAUUGGUUCACUGGGCAUCAGAACUUCCAAAUUGAGCAUCACCUUUUCCCCACAAUGCCUCCAUACAAUUACUGGAAGGUGGCCCCCCUGGUGAAGUCUCUGUGUGCCAAGCACAGCAUUGAGUACCACUGCAAGCCGCUCCUCACUGCCUUUGCAGACGUUGUGCACAAUUCAAGAGAGACUCGGGUAUCAUUGUGGAUAACUCAAUGGAGAAUUCUGCUCAACAUGAAACAGCAGACAAAAAAGAACACAAAUGUUAAGAUCCACAAGGAAUGGGAUAGAGAAUGCUGAAAUUAUUAUGCCACUGUUUAAAUUAAUGGAAAGCCCUCACCUCGAGCGUUGUACUCACUGUUGGUAACCCCAUCUCAAAAAGCAUAUAACAGAAGUAAAUUUGGUUCAGAGACAUGAGAUUAAAAGCAUGGAAAAACUUCUAUGUGAAGAAAGAUUAAAAGAACAGGAGACAGAUAAGAGGGGAUAUGCAAAAAUAUAUCAAAUUGUAUUUAAAAACACCAUGUUAAAAGAAUGUUAAGGUGGCAUAGUCAAGCACUCAAAAGUUAGGAACUGCUCAAUUAAAAUAGAGCAGUGGUCCAGCUAGUGGGCUGAUGUAGCACAACCAUUAUUAUGAUUAAUGGGUUCCCCUCUCUCUCUCCUGCAGCUCUCUGAAGGAUUCUGGAGAGCUCUGGCUUGAUGCCUAUCUGCAUAAAUAAGCAGCAGCAGCAGCAGCACCUUGUGACAUUCCAAUUACAGCAGCUGCCACAAAACCGACAAACAAACAAAAAAACUAUGAAGCCCCUGAAGGCUAGCAGAUUUGGGGAAAUGAGAAAGCCUGGCUAGUAGGAGAUGAGGAUUGCUGGGAAAGUUUGAUUCCUGGAAUGAUGUUUAUUUUUUAAAAACCCAUUAAUUUUCCUUCACAUGCUUCGCCCUUUGCUUCUCUCUGGGGCUCAGAAAUGGGGAUGGUCAUCUUGUUCUGUGUUUGUACAGCACCUAGCACAAUGGAGUCCUGGGCCGUGACUAGGUCUCCUAGCACCACUCUAAUACAAGUAAAGCAUUAAGAUAAAGACAGUAAGUCUUUGCAACAAGGAUGUGGGGUUCAGACCCCCCGAAAGAAAAGGGGCUUUAGGAGUGGGAACAGCAGCCACUCUGUUUUAUUUUAUCCUCACUAUCACUGCCUUGAAAUAUUGUCCUAAUUCUGUCUGUGUUCUUUUCUAUUUUAGAUUGUAAUCUCUUUUGGGUAAAGUAUGGGUCUUCCUGCUUGUAAACAUGAUGAAUAAAUCUAAAUAAACAUUUUCACUCUAUAUGGGAGCUUGUUCAGCUCCAUCCUGCCAAA